CGCAUUAGGACCCAGGAGGUGCCGCUGCUUUACCUGUUGAGACACACAGGUUGAAGGAUGUGGCCAUAUUUGGAAAGUGUGUCGCAGUUUCGUUGGAUUUUUUCUUGGUGAAGACGCAUAGGCCUGGUUUCGAGUGUUUUAUACUGAACUGAAGAUUUAAUCAACAGAAAGCUGAUGGGGUGGCUUUUACCACUUGCGGCAAUUACUGUUUUUCUCCAGAUAUGGACGGGAGGAUUUUGCCAAAAAACCAUACCAUGCCAGCCCGGCUUUUCAUCCGACAACUUUGUCUUCACAGUUCACAGAAACCGACUGCACCGGGGUAAAAUACUGGGUCGAGUGGGUUUUGACAUCUGCACAGAUCAGAAAAGGUUCCCUUUCAUUUCUGAUGAUAAUCGGUUCAAAGUGGAAACGGAUGGAACAGUUAAAGUGAAACGUGACGUUAAAUUGCACCAUGGACAUAUAAGCUUUUUCAUUCAUGGAUGGGAUUCAUUGAACAAAAAAAUUACCAGCCGUAUCACUGUGGAAUACCAAAGACCCCAUCACACAGGACAUGAACAGAAUGAUCAGAGUGAAUCUCAAAAUAUUGUGAUGUUUCCUCAUUCUUCUGGCCUUAAAAGACACAAGAGAGAGUGGGUGAUUCCCCCCAUUAAUAUUCCUGAAAAUCAAAGGGGAACAUUUCCCAAACAAGUGGUGCAGAUUAAAUCCAGCAAGUCGAAGGAAUCCAUUAUACAUUAUAGCAUAACUGGACCAGGUGCUGAUUUACCCCCAACAGGACUAUUCAAAAUGGAUAGAGACAGUGGCUGGUUACUAGUAACUGAACCCCUAGACCGAGAGAAGCAGUCUGAAUAUUUGCUUACUGUACAUGCUGUUUCAAUAAGUGGGAAUAUAGCAGAGGAUCCUAUGGAAAUUACUGUAAUUGUGCUGGAUCAAAAUGAUAACAAACCUGCAUUUAUCAGCAACACCUUUGUAGGAAAUGUAAGCGAAGGAUCACAGCCAGGCACAUCGGUUAUGACUGUAACCGCUAUUGAUAAAGAUGAUCCUACUACAGACAAUGGAAUGUUUAAGUUUUCAAUUCUGAGCCAGACCCCACUUGUACCCUAUCCACAAAUGUUUACCAUUAAUCAAGAUACUGGGACCAUUAGUGUCAUCGCAGCUGGACUAGAUAGAGAGAAAGAGAGUGAAUAUACACUAAUUCUCCAAGUUGCAGAUAUGAAUGGAUUUGGACUCUCAAAUACUGCUACUGCUUCCAUCACUGUUCUAGACCAAAAUGAUAAUGCUCCACAGUUUAAUCCAACAAAUUAUAAUAGAAGUGUACCAGAAAAUGCUGUGGACUUUGAGGUUGUGAGGCUGAUGGUGACAGAUAACGAUGAGCCUCACACGCCAGCUUGGAAUGCCAAAUAUCGUAUUGUUAAAGGGAAUGAUGGAGGCAACUUUGGCAUUACUACAGAUCCAGAUAGUAAUGAUGGAAUUGUUAAAACUAUUAAGGGUCUUGAUUUUGAAGCCAAGCGACAAUAUAUACUACUAAUCACAGUUGAAAAUGAGGUUCCAUUUUCCACUCCUUCACCAACUUCCACAGCUACACUUACAGUGACAGUAGAGGAUGUCAACGAGGCUCCAAUUUUCAGCCCACCAACGCUGUCUGUUCCUGUUAAAGAAGAUGUGCCUUUGAACACUUUCAUAACAACUUACCAAGCAAAAGACCCAGACAUAGAAAUGAAGCAGACGGUAUCAUACCGUAUUGGUAAUGAUCCUGCAGGAUGGUUGAAUGUGGACAAAGACUCUGGAAUGAUUACUGUCAAGCAAGAAAUGGAUAGAGAGUCUUCCUUUGUGAAAAAUGAUAAAUAUACAGCACUCAUAUAUGCUUAUGACAAUGCUAAUCCUCCAGCAACAGGUACAGGAACUCUUGUACUCGUAUUGGAAGAUGUAAAUGAUAAUGGUCCAGUGGUGGACGUUGUGGGUGACGUGCGCUUUUGUAACCAGAAACCUCCACCUCAGGAAUUUUCUGUUGUUGAUCCGGAUUCUGUGGGAAAUGCUGGACCCUUCAGGGCUGAACUGUUGCGUGAAGCCAGGAGGAACUGGACUGUCAGCAUGAAUGAUGCAGAAAACAAAAUCAUUCUUUCUAUGACAACCCAGCUACCACCUGGCGAAUAUGAUGUUGUUAUUCGAGCAUAUGACAAUGGAAACAAAAACCAGGACACUACCUUGAAAGUAACUGUGUGUGACUGCACAGGGGCUGAAUUCCAUUGUCCCAGGCCAGACGAAGCUGGUAUUGGACUGCCAGCUGUUUUGGCUAUUUUGGGUGCAAUCCUUGCCCUAUUGAUUCUUUUACUUCUGUUGCUCAUGUUGCUUAGAAGAAAGAGAAAGGUGAAAAAGGAUCCAUUACUUCCAGAGGAUGAUAUUCGUGACAAUGUAUUCUAUUAUGAUGAAGAGGGUGGUGGUGAGGAAGAUCAGGAGUAUGAUUUAAGCCAGCUGCAUAGAGGCCUAGAUGCACGUCCAGGGGUCUACAGAGAUGACGUAGAACCAUCAAUGAUGCCUGCCCCAAAGUACCGGCCCCGUCCAGCUAAUCCAGAAGAUAUUGGCAACUUCAUUGAAGAUAACUUGAAGACGGCAGAUAAUGAUCCAACUGCUCCUCCAUACGAUUCACUACUAGUAUUUGAUUAUGAAGGUGCUGGUUCAGAGGCUGGUUCUUUAAGCUCACUACAUUCUGACAGCUCAGGAGGUGAUCAGGACUACGACUGUUUAAAUCAAUGGGGACCCCGCUUCAAAAAACUUGCUGAUAUGUAUGGAGGUGAAGAUGAUUGAAAGCAUGUCCUCCAGUUACAUGUGGCUUUUGGUGGGUUAUUUUGUUGCCAUGCAGGACUUCCAAUAAUAUUACUAAACUGCAAUUUUUAAAAAUCCAAAACGUGGGUAAAUUUCAGUGCAUGUUUUUAGCUGCACAGUCGAGUUUUUCUGUUUGGUUUAUAUUGUGUCUUUUGUAAAGUGGCCAAAUAUUAGCAAGGUGUGGUUGUUUUUUGUUUUUUUGUUUGUUUUUUAAACAACUUUAUAAGCACACAUUAAGGUGGUCUUUAUUUUUCUGCAUUAUAUUUACAACUUUUAAUUUUUUUGUUACUUUUUGUAUUGUAAUCUAAAAGGACCAUUUUUAUUCCUUUUUGUAGCAUUGUAUUUUUAACAGUAAAAGCAAAAUUCGUGAGCUUUACUAGGAAAAUAACUGAAAAAUGUUUAUGAAUGAUUCAUGAAACAGAUUCCUGUUUUUAUCCUCAAAUUAUGGUGGCUUAAUUCUUAAUAAAGCUAUGAUUGUUUUAAUUAGACCUAGAAUUUAAACAAACAACAAUUUGGCAGCACAUUUUAUGAAAAAAAAAAACUCACCAUUUACUUGUUUAUCUACAAAUUGAAGUGCAUGUCAUAGUAAAUUUUCAUUUUGAUAUUUUUGACUUUGAAUGUGUUAAGUCUUCUAUGAAUCUUUCUCCCACUCACUGGUUUAGGGCCACCAUACUGGGAAGGUUCAGGUUGUUGUUCACAUUUCAAUAUCUAAUCUGUAAUUUUAAUUUUUUUUUUUUUUUUUUGGACAUAAGUUUAUUAACUGACAGGCACGGGCUAUAUAGGAGCCAUUUGCACAAGCUGUCCAGGCUGUGCUAGAGUCCUUGUGCAUACGCUUCCUUAGAAUUGUUGGGGAUGCAGAUGGGAGAGACGAGAAUUAAGGGAAUGAAGAUUAAGAAACUUGCAGUGAAGCAGCAGUGCCAGAGCCAUGCUCUGUUGAAUGGUGCUCUCUUUAAUAUGCAAUAAACAUUAGUAAAUGGAGGACUGUGGAAAUGAGGGGAAAAAACAGCAAUUGCCAGAUAAUUUUAAACACGUGUUUCUUUUAUUUAGUGUUACUCCAAUAGAAUGUCAGUUCCCCCCCCCCCCCCAUUAUGCAAACUUAAGGGUGAAUAUUUUUGGUUAGAGGUGACUGUAAAUAUGUUCCAUAUUCAAUAAUUCACCAUUAUACGAGGUGACAUGUAAAUAUUUGUAUUUAAAUAAACUUAAUUCUUCUGUAUUUUUAAAAGAA